AUGAAUCCACCACUACCCCAAACAUCGGCGUCAGGAGGCCAGAACCAGACACGUGUAGCCCUGGAUCCCGUGUUCGCUCAGGCUGUGGCGAAGUUCAAGAAACGUCUCACCAAAGUCCAGGCAGACACUUUCGUCGAUUGCACGAUUGACGACGUGAGAAACCAAAUUAGCGAUAUCCAGAAUCAUCAUGGAUCCCAGCGGCGGCAGAGGAACAUGGUACGGCUGUCCAAGUUCGUCGAAGGAAUGUCCCAGCUUGGAAAGGUCAUGGAAGUAUUCCUCAAUCUUGACAAUACCGUUGCACUAAUAUGGGGACCUCUUAAAUUUCUCCUCCUUACAGCAAGUACCUGGAUCGAUAGUCUGGAUAGCCUACUCGAUGUCUACGAGCGAGUCGGAAAUGUUUUGCCCAAUCUCACCCGUUACCCUGAGAUCUAUAAAAGCUAUUCUCAUGUUCUUACACACCUCCAAGGCUAUUAUUGUGACAUUCUCGAGUUCCACAGCAACGCUCUUGAGGUGUUCUCGAGAUCCGGCUGGAAGAUCUUGUUCCAUUCGGCUUGGAAGACUUUCAAAACCCAGUUCGACCCUAUACUGAAAAGCCUAGAGCGGCACAGAACCAUGCUCUCGGAGGAGAAGCUGACCGCUGUAAUGGAGGAGAUACAGGCCCAGAGCCUCGCUAAUCAACAGAAACUUGAUGGUGUUGUCGGAGAAACACGAAGACAUGGCCAAUGCGUCCAAGACAGGCUUGAUCGUCUGGAGGCAGAAUUACAAGAACGGGCACGGGUAGAUGCUGCUAGGGACUUGAUUGCUCAUCAGGACCAGGUGCAGCAGCAACACCGGAUCAUUGAAAGCAAGCUUGACGCACCAGAUUGCUAUGUAGACCACGAACUCGCAUCUCGGAAACGGUUUCAAAGCACAUCAGGCAACUGGAUUCUUGGCCAUCCUCUGGUCUCAGAAUGGCUUGACUUCAAUUCCAAGGACCGUCGAAAGAUCUACUUAAGUGGGAUACCUGGAGCAGGCAAGACUAUUUUGACGAGUAGCAUCAUCAGCCAUUGCAAACAACGCCAGUCAGGGAAUGGGAUAACAGCAGAGACAUUCUCCCUAUUGUACUUCUACUUUAAGCACCAGCACCUCAAGAAGAGAUCACUUGUCUCACUUCUUCUCUCACUACUAUCACAGCUAGUACACCAGGAUGAAACCAUACGCGAAUAUGUCUAUCAAACCUGCUGUACUGCUGAACCAAAACAUAUUCAGUCGUUAGAAGAGGUCUCCCGCCAUAUCUCCAUCGCGCUCAAGUCCCAAACAAGAUGUUUCCUCAUCAUAGAUGGCUUGGACGAGUGUUCAGAGGCCCCCGCCGUCUUGGAGUGGCUUGAGAGUAACAUUUUUAGUCAGGAUAGCACUUCAACCGGCACUGCCUUGAAUGUACGCCUAUUCAUAUCUGGUCAACGAGAUGGAGUUCUGGAAGAACUAAUGUCCGAAUAUCCAACAAUCCCUUUGGAGAAGGCUCCCGAGCAUAACGGAGGUAUCAAGGAGUUCGCGGUGACUGAGGCAAGCAAGAUUCGUGACAAGUUCUCGGUAGACUCGGGGAUUGCAGAACAGAUUGUUACACUGGUCACUUCACGUGCAGGCGGAAUGUUUCUUUACGCACAAGUCGUCCUGGAAAAUCUGACCAACCAGAUUUCAACAUACAAUCUGAAGCAAGAAAUAAAUGCAGAAACAUUUCCUGUAGAUCUCAAACAAGCAUACGAACGUGCUGCUAUUCGAGUGCUCAGAAAUCCAAUUUUACCCGAGAGAGACGCAGCAAAGGAGAUUCUUGGAAUUAUCAUGUGUGCAUGCCGACCCUUACAUUGGAGGGAGAUUCAAAGCAAGUUCUGCAUCGACCCAAAACGUGGGGAGGCCAACAUCGAUCGUCAGCUUGUGCUGGGUUGUAAGCGUCUCUGUGGUUCUCUUGUUGACGUCAUUUACCUUGAGCCAGAACGGUCAGCACCAGGUGAAGAGAUCGUUGACUUCGUUCAUUCUACCGCCAAAGAAUAUCUUGAGGAAACUAAAGAGAUUUGUCAGUCCCUCGAGAACGCCAAGAUGGCCCUUUUCUGCGCCGACUAUAUGGUUUCAAGGCCACUUAUCCCCUCCAUUCCGAAGGUUGAGAUUCAGGACCACGCAACCAAGGGAUACUACGCUUUCCAAGACUAUGCCGUCGGGUUCUGGUGGCAGCAUGUGCAAAAGACUGUCGCCAACCCUCCAGACUCGGAUACCGAGCUGUUCAAGACAGUGCUAAGAUGCGCUCAUCGGGCUUUGAUCGAAGCUGGACAACUGAAAGACAUUCAAAUCUUUGACGAUUCGCCAGAUGGGAUUCGGCUUUUGAGUAGCACGAUGGAAAAGGUUCCUCGCAAUCUUCGCGACUGGGAUGCGAGUGGGAUCUACGAAAUUCGAACAGCUAGGAUCAGGGAAGCAAUUGAAUUACUUCUCAAUGAGCCUGACAAACCCUUAGGCAGUGUCCUAUCUUUAUAUGGACCCUGGCGGUAUAGGUGCAUCAAACCGUGGUGCCAGAACUUCAGCAACGGUUUUGAACAUGCAAAGGCCUUGAAAAUCCAUAUUGGCCAACAUGAAUUGCCCUUCAUCUGCGAUAUUCAGGGUUGCCCUGCUACUAUUGUUGGGUUUGCGACAAACACUGAACGCGAGAAUCACCUUGCUAAGUGUCAUCAACAAGAGGAUCAUCCGCUGUUUCCCGACGCGAAACAAUACGUGGCAGGUAUUGGAGAUGACAAAAAUGCGUUGAAAGAAGCUAUUAAAAGGGGUGAUCUGGAUAUUGUUAAAGCUGUUAUGGAAAGAGAUAAUAAAAGUUUUCUCUUGAAAUUCGCCUUAACAAAUGUUACAGAAAGUGGACAUCUGCACCUUAUGCAAUAUCUGGCACAGUCGGUAUUGCCAGAGUCCGGAUACAAGUUCUUGCUAUCAUACUUGUUGCGUCUGGCUACCAAGCGCCGUGACUUAGACAUGGUCGCGUUUCUGUGCAAUGGGGAUCUCUUCUCUCAAGGCGGCAGGAGAUAUAUCAGUGUAAGCCUACAAUAUAGUGCAAGGAUGACACCAUUCCCGAAAUCCAUUGUAAAUCGGUUGCUCCGAAAGGCGACAAGUCACGAUGUGUAUCUGGGCCUUAGGGCAGCCAUCAGGGAAGGGAACAUCAUAGGAGUGGGCAUCUUCGCAGAUAACAUCGAUUCGACCGACCUCCCGAAGGCCCUUGAAUAUGCAGCCGAGAUAGGAAAUCUGCCUUGUUUGGAUACUCUGCUGGCUUCGAGUAAGGUCAACCCCGAAGCCCUCAAUUUAGCUGGACCCCGACUUUUCCAUAUCGCGUGUUCAGACGGGAACCUUGCCAUUGUCAAGCGCCUCAGCACUCUAGCUAUCGACAUUCACAACGUAAACCGAGAUGGAAACAAGCCUUUGCAUUCAGCGUCUAUAGGCGGCCAUAAUGCAGUAGUGACAUUUCUCCUGGAGGAGGGUGCAGAUAUCAAGGCUAAGAAUAAGCAUGGGAAGACGCCGCUACAGCUGGCCAUAGAGAGCGGCCAUCAUGGAACUGAAAAGCUACUUCUAGAAAGAGACAUCCUAGACCAGGAUCUCUCCAGCCACGCGUCAAGCGGUACUGACUAA